AUGCCAUUGUCUUUACUUCCUUCAGACUCACCUCUUAUCCAGACCAUAGAGUUGAGCGAAUAUCAUUUGAUUCAUCAGCAUAAUACCAAUUGGAUUUACCCACCUUUCCAGAGUUUCGUAGGUAUUCGUGUUGAUGAUGAAGACAAUGAGCCUGUGGGUUUAAUCAGUGUCAUGGACGAUAAACCAAUGGAUACCCACAAGAUUGAUUUUGUAAAGAGUAUUUUGAAUGCAGUAAAGACAAGAGUAAAGAACGAAACAGAAAGAACAAAACAAAGAGAUCAAUUGAUUGCAGUUAAAAAUGCUGCUCUAAGAGACGCUCAAAGUAAAAUCAAAUUCUUGGCUGACAUGAGCCAUGAGAUUAGAACACCUAUGAAUGCCGUGAUUGCAUUAACAGACUUAUUACUACAAGAAAAAAGUCUAUUGAAUGAAGAACAAAUAGAACAUUUAGAAGUGAUUCAAACAAGUGGCAAUCAUCUCUUGACUGUCAUUAAUGACAUUCUUGAUAUUUCAAAAAUCAACCAUGACCCUAAAUUUAAGCUUGAAAACAGACGGUUUAGUCUAAGGAAAUGUGUGAAAGAUGCUUUAAACAUGGCGCGCCAUCAAGCAUCCAUGACACAGCACAAUAAACUUGUCUAUGUAGUCGAAUGUCCACCCGACAUCGAUGACAAUGUUCCUCUACACCAGCUUAUUCAUCAACUCGAAAAACUCGAUCCUAUGAUUGUACCACAAAAGUAUACAAAAAAGACAGUGUUACCUCUUUUAUGGAAAAUUGAUGCCCAUGUUCCUGACUAUGUCAUGGGAGACAGUAUGCGUUUGACUCAAAUCUUACUUAACCUUUGCUCUAAUGCUGUCAAGUUCACAAAGUCGGGUGGUAUUCGAGUCAAGGUUGCUCUUUCUUCUUCUCAAGAACAAGUCUAUCAAAGAUUUAAGGAUCGUUAUGACGCUAAACUCGAAACCACCUCUAGUAAAAAGAAACAUGUAAAUGAAACAAGCGCUGGCGCUUAUAAUAAUAACAACAACACUAUUAAUUCUAAUAUGCAUUCCGAAGAAGAAGAAGAAGAAGAAGAAGAACAAGAGAAAGUAAUGCUUGAGAUCUCUGUCACAGACACAGGUAUCGGUAUGCCUGCUGAUCGAUUGCCCCGUCUAUUUAAAUCAUUCUCUCAAAUCGAUAUCUCCACGGCAAGAAGAUAUGGUGGUACUGGCCUUGGUUUAGCUAUCUCGAGUAUGUUGGUCAAUCGAAUGGACGGUGGUCUUUGGGUAGAAUCAGAAGAAGGCAUAGGCUCUCGCUUUGCUUUAACUGUGCCCUUAAUUGCAGCAACAACACAAAAGAGACCUUCUUCGAUUACGACACGGAGGUCUGAAAGUAGUGGUACUUAUAACAGCGGUAGUAUGAUAGCCUCUCCUCCUUCUCCUGGUUCUUCUCUUUCUGAUGGUGGCUCAAGUGUUGGUGAAAGAUCCCAUCAUGCUUCUUUGGAGACAACAUCACCUUCAACUUCCAUUGGUUAUUUCCCCCUUCAGACUAACAAUAGCAACAAAAGGCCUUCUUGGGAUACAACCCAUAUACCCAAUGAUCCAUCUACAUGCCAUUCUCAAAACCUUCAAGAUAUACUCACAAAAUCACAAGAAACCAAGAGCCCACCAAAAGAAGCUAAAAAACCACCGCGUAUUUCUUUGGCUAAACAUCACAGAAAAUUAAGUCAUUCUCAUGAAGAAAACUUUGCUCUUAAUUACCCCACCAAGAUCUUGUUAGCAGAAGAUAAUGUCUUAAAUCAAAAGAUUGCGAUUAGUAUCCUUAAACGACUUGGAUAUCAAGAUGUCAUGAUUGCCAGCAAUGGUCGAGAAGUACUUGAAUUGAUGCGAGAACAUGUAUUUGAUGUUAUUUUUCUUAAAGAUCAAAAUUUAGAUGGAUCUCUAUAUGCCUGA